AUGUCUCCUGAGAAGUUAAGCUGUCCCACCACUGAAGAAUCGGAGAAUCCGGGUGAAACAAGCUCUCACAAGAUGAGCGAGAAGACCGUUGAACAACAACCCGUGGCGGAUGAGCCCCAGUCUGGAGAACCGGAACCCUUGAUUCAGUCGUCUGCCAGAUACAAGUCCGUCAUACUUGCUAUCGAACCUAUCAUUGCGUCCUCAAAUACGAAGAACGAUGCUGACGCCAAGCCACAAUCUUCAGUUGACUUGCAGACGACUAUCAAGUCCAGCACAGUGGCAAAAGACAGCGCUACAGCAAGCUCACACGAUUCCUCCGGUUUGGACUCUGGGGUUGAGGCUCAACCUUCCACCAAAGAAGAUACCCUGGCAAAGGUCCCACCAAAUGCUCAAGCAGAAAAAAUCCCCAAAUCCAAUCAACAGGCUGAGUCCGAGGCCCAGAAAGACUCUGGACAUGAUUUGAUUGACCCUUCGGGCAUCUCUUCCACACAAAAAGAAGAAGUCAAAUCAAAUGCGGUAGCUGGUCCAGCAGCUAAGUCAGCCAAAGACCCAAAGACCUCCGAAGUCAAAACGACUGCCACGUCAAAUACUACCGUUGAGGCUAAAAAACCAACUUCAAAGAAAACACUGGACGAGGGAAAGGCUCAAGGCAAUGAAAAGUCGCCUGCCAAGCCUAAGGACGCAAAGAAGAACGACACUGCUGCGCAGGAGACGGAGGACGCAAAAAAGCCUACUGGACCCAAACAAGGUGCUAAGACAAAGGCUUCUCCAAAAUCUAAACCUUCUCCCGGUCACAAGGCUUCAGGGAAGAGCAAUACUGCUUGUGAAACCAAAGCAUCGCCUCCAGACAAAGCAUCUAGUGGAAAGCCGGCGCCCAAGAAGAAGGUAGCCGCCAAAUCUGGGCCUGCAGUUAAGGAUGGGGGUGUUGCCGAAGAUGACGAUCCUGUGGAUGAUACUCAGCCGGAAAAGGCUACUAAGCCAGGGGCUGCGGGUCGAAAAAAGACCACUGCUAGGCCUGAGACUCCAAAGAAGUCACAAACUGCAGCCAAAUCGACUUCUAAAUCAGAUACCUCACCUGAAGCUGUUGAAGAAGCUGAUAAAGCUGCCAAGCCAAAGACGCCUGCUCAGCGUAAGAUUCCAGCAAAAGGCAAGGCUACCACCGAUUCAAACAAAUCAUCCAAGACGAAGGAGCCACCUAUUUCUAAGAAAUCCGACAAGUUGCAUCCAUUAUCCGCUCGCAUCAUAUCAGCCUCUGACUCCGAGAGUGAUGACUCAGAUUUAGACGCUGCGAUAGUCGUGCCCAGAAGACGUGCCAGACCCAAGGUGGCAUCAACCAGUGAUCCUCAAGACGGCUCCAAAACUACACAGACUGCGAAGCUGCGAGAGACUGAAUCCACAAAGUUGACCAACAAGCGCAAAGCAUCUGAAAUUUCCGAGCCAGCAUCAUCAAGCUCUGCUUUAGAAACUCCCAAGAAACGUAAGGUUUCAUUUGAUGUCACUGAACCAGUCACUCCCGACCACAAUCAUCCAAUUUUGAAGGAAUUGCGUAACACCGUUGCAUUGCUCUCCGGGAUUGAAAGUAUUGAGCAGGAGCUGAGCACACCCAAGGCCACCUACGUCCUCAAAAAGCUUGAUGCUCGAAACUCACUUGUCGAUGCGGUUGAAGAGAAGAUGGAUGCCAUGUCUUUGGCAAUUCACAAGGCGCCGAAGAACAUCCAGCCGGCACUCAUUCGUGCAUAUACCGAUGAGCUGGGUGAAGAGCCUAGAGACGGUGUCCCAUGGAAUGAACUCGAUUCUGAUGAUGAUGAUCCACCUACACCCAUCUACAGAUAA